GAAUACGCUUUUAAAGAGCACUUGGAAUUACGUAAGGCUAUAGGUAGCGCUGUUGAAAACCCUUUAUAAUAAACUUUCGAAAUUUUAAAACAUUUUGAGAUUAAUAUGGCGAACACUCAACCUCGUCAGAAUUACCACGCUGAAUGUGAAGCGGGUGUUAACAAACAAAUUAACAUGGAACUUUAUGCUAGCUACGUUUAUCAAUCAAUGGCCUUUUACUUUGAUCGUGAUGAUGUAGCCUUACGUGGCUUUCACAAGUUUUUUAAAAAAGCAAGUGAUGAAGAAAGGGAACAUGCUGAAAAGCUGAUGAAAUACCAGAAUAUGAGAGGUGGAAGAAUUGUUCUUCAAACAAUUCAGAAACCUAGUAUGGAAGACUGGGGAACUGGCUUGGAUGCUAUGGAGGCAGCUCUGGAACUGGAGAAGUCAACAAACCAAGCUUUGCUUGAACUCCACCGCAUUUGUGACAACCACAAAGAUGUUCAGAUGUGUGAUUUUCUUGAAGGCGAUUUCUUAAAAGAGCAAGUGGAAUCUAUUAAGGAAUUAUCUGAUUACAUUACUAAUCUCAAGCGAGUUGGAUCUGGUUUGGGAGAAUACAUGUUUGAUAAGGAAACUCUAAAGGGUGAAGAUGAAUAAAUUUAAGGGAAAGUACAAAUCGGACAAGGAGGCUGAAGGAUGAUAAUGACUAAAUGGGAGACAAAAUACUUUUGACAGGACAAACCCAUUAAUAUAUAUCAUUCAUAAGGAAUAGAAACACUCAAAUAUCAUUCUUACCAAAGCAAAUAAUUGAAACUUCAGAGUAAAAUAGAAGUUACUAUUAUAACAUUACCAUCUAAAGCUUACCGUAUUAGCAAUAACAUUACUCCAGAACCCCAUUUAAAAUUUUGUUUGUUUUGUAGUUUAUAAUAUUAGAAAUAUUAACUGAUUAGAAGUGAUGUUUUUGUAGCUAAUUAUGAUAUACUUUAUAGUCAAGAAAGAGAAAAACUGGUUUGUGUUUUUGAGGUAAUAUUGUGCAGAAAAAUGUAAUUUCUUUGUUUUUCUAUCAAUUUUUAAUAACGUGUUUUACUCAGAGCAUACUCUAAAUCAUAAAUAACACAAGAUAAACAGUCUGCAUCUUAAUAUUUUCACCUAGAUGAAAGAUGAUAUUAAUUUAGGAAAGAAAAAAAAAUGACAUCAGAUUUAGAACUGAUAAACUAGAAACAUUAUAUUUCUAUUGUUCAUUGUCCAUUCCAGUUGAUUAAAAAAGUGUUUAAAAAAAAAAGGCAUGACAGAAAUUUUUCUGUUAUAGUAAAACUUAAGUUACAACAUAUGAAAAUUGUACUUUAUAUUUUUGGACGAUAAUAUGUAAUUAUGUUUGAAGUUUAGUUAACAUUACAGCUAACUAAAUGUGGUUUAUGUUUUGUGUACUAUUAAUUCAUUUGACUCUUGUCUCAAAUAAGAUAAUUCUCAGGUUUUUAACAGAUCUUAUAGAUGUAUGUACUGUACUUAGCUGUUUGUCAUGAUAUAUACUAUUUUGAAGUGGUAGACAAGUCAUUAAGUUUUCCAGACAAUCGCUCUUAAUUCGAAAAAUCUAAACACUGUAUUUUUAUGGAGGCCACCUUGAUGUAGAAGGGAAAAUUUUCAGAAAUUUAAAAUGCAAUGUAAUAUGUGCUAAAAAUAUUUUAAAUUUUUUGGGGGCAUCAAAUCUUACCAAGUAAAAAUUAAAUAUGACCAAUUUGUUAUAAAGAGGUGCAUUCCAUAGAGUAUUCACCCCAGAAUAAAUAUUUAUAGCAAUUUCAAAUUUUUGAUUUUUAGGGUAAAACUUUUUUCCUGUGUAUAAAUCUUAAAAACAGUUUGGUUAGUACAUUUGCUAAAUAUGAACUUGCUCUAAACUGUUUUUAUUGACCUCUUGCUUAAUAAUAAUUAUGUACUGUUCAUAGAACUAAUCUUUGGUAAAACCCAAUUUCCUUUUGAGGACAGAAGUAACUAAAAUAUUUCAGCCUAAAGAUACAUUCUGCUGUUAUUUUCAUAACUUGCUACUGAUACUUCAGUAAGACUUUUUUUUUUUUUUACCAAAUUAGUCUAGUUUUCAUUUAUCAAUGAUAUCUUUUUAUAUAUGUGUUGAUCUAAUAAACUUUCAAAGGCAUGAAGAUAAGGACUGCCAGUAACUUGUGUUAAAGUACAAAACAAAUAUACAUCUUUUUGUCACGUGAAUGUUUAUUCAAUGUUUCAGUGAUGUUACAGCGAAUUUCUCGUUCUUUUUUUUUUGGGCUAUAUAUUUCAUACUAGUUGUGUGAAAUAUUGGUUAUUUGCUGACAAGAUACUGUCUUACCAAUUUCAUGUAAUAUUUUCUAAUGAAUGGGAUGUAGUAGGCAGUUGUAUACACAAUAUACAUAAAACUCAUCCUAAGAUUCAGUAUUAUACGUGGGAUUCAUACAUGUAUACAUUAUGUUGUCUGAAAGUCAUAAAAUAUUUUACUAACAGCAUAUGCAUUUUUCUUGUAUGUUGUGCUGAAGUGAAACUAUCUGAACAGAAUUAUCUGUAGAAAGAAGUAGCUGGUUUAAAACUACUUUUAAGCUUUCUAGUAAUUGAGUUUUACAGAAAAAUUAAACUUUAUCGUGUGAUUAAA